AUAAAAACGUAAAUUUGAUGUAUAAAAGCCAACGUUUCAUAUUUAUUUUACAAAUACACUUCCCAACAUGAAUUUGUUACUAUUGUUUUUGUGUUCAGUGCUAUUCACCUACAGAGACGUUAAAUGUUUGGAUAAAGUCCCAGAUGAUUUUUUGUUUGGCCUUGCGACGUCCGCAUAUCAAGUCGAGGGGGCAUGGAAUGAGUGUGGCAAAGGGGUGAGCAUCUGGGACACCUUAACCCACACCAAAAAUGUCACAUACAAUGGUGACACUGGAGAUAUUGCCUGUGAUUCUUACAACCAAUACAAAACGGAUGUGAAGAUGCUAAAAGAGGUGGGUGCGCAAGUUUAUAGAUUCUCAAUUGCCUGGACGCGAAUCCUUCCAUACGGUUUCGCCAACAAAACUAACAAAGAAGGCAUUAAAUAUUAUCAGAACCUAAUAGAUGAGCUAUUAGAGAAUGGGAUUGAACCAAUGGUGACCCUGUACCAUUGGGACUUGCCUCAAACACUACAAGACAUCGGAGGUUGGCCUAAUCCUCUUAUGGAAGACUAUUUUGCAGACUACGCCAGGAUUUGUUUCGAACACUUUGGAGAUAAGGUCAAACUUUGGACGACCUUUAACGAACCUAUGCAGAUUUGUUAUAGAAGUUAUGGCUCCUCAUCGUUUCAUUUGGCUCCUGAUAUAUCAUCACCGGGAAUAGCUGAUUAUUUAUGCGCCCAUACCUUAAUCAAAGCUCAUGCUAAAGUUUACCAUCUAUAUAAAAAGGAAUUUCGUAAACAAAAAGGUAAAAUUUCUAUAGUUCUGGAUUUCACAUGGGCCGUACCAAAAACUAACUCGCAUGAAGAUCAAGAAGCUGCAGACAGAUACAAGAAAUUUUAUUUAGGGUGGUAUUUAAAUCCCAUAGUAUACGGCGAUUACCCCAAAGUUAUGAUUGAAUAUAUCGAUCGCAAAAGUAAAGAACAAAACUUUCCUCAAUCGCGGCUUCCAAAGUUCACUGCAGCCGAAAAAAUACAAAACCGACGUACUUACGAUUACAUUGGCAUUAAUAUUUAUAUUACGGUACUGGCCGCUAAUAAAAAACAAAGCCAAAUCAAUUUUGAAAUGGACAUGGACGUGGAGACUAGUGUGAGCAAUGAUUGGAAGACUCCUACACCUGAUUCAAUAUUCACAAUUACUCCUUGGGCUGCAAGAGCAUGUCUCAAAUGGGUUAAAGAUGAAUACAAUAAUCCAGAAAUUGUAGUAACCGAAAAUGGUAUAUUUGACAUUAACGGUACAAUGGACGAUGACUUCCGAAAGGAAUACAUACAGUCUUAUGUUGGAUCCAUUUUGGAUGCCAAGGAAAUGGAUAAAGUCAAUGUUGUUGGAUACAUUUAUUGGAGUUUAAUGGAUAACUUUGAAUGGAACAAUGGAUACCGUGAUAAAUUUGGACUUUACCAUGUCGAUUUCAACAGUGCGAAUAGAACAAGAACGCCGAAAAAGUCAGCAAAGUAUUUUAAGCACAUAACAUCCACAAGGUGUCUUGCCGAUAGAUGUUAGCAUAUCCUAUUAGUUAAUAAUAUAUUCAAAUAUAUGUAUAAUUUAUCGUAGUUAGUAUAAUAAGUAACUAAAAUGUAAAUUAGUAGUGAUAUUGAGUAAAAUUUACUUAACGUUA